CAUGACAGGAACUCCUAUUUAUUUGGUACAUGAGUUAAUUUUGAUUGGAAUAGAGUUGAUUUACAAUCUUGUGUUCGUUUCAGGAGGACAGGGUAUGGAUUCAGUCAUAUAUGCAUAUAAAUUCUUUUUCGGAUUUGAUUCCUUGAUAGGUGAGGGCAAAAUAUUGAGGGGAGUUCCCUGUGCUGUCCGGUAGGUCCUGGCUGGUUUUAGGGCCUCUCUUGAAGCAGCGCAGAGGCGUUAGGAGAUGAAAACUGUACGCCUUUCUCUGUCUCUCUGUCCGUCUCUCUGUUGCUGACAGUCGGCUGAUCUGUCAAGCGGCUCUGACCAGCCUGUUCACACAGCUGGUGUCCGGGUUCACCCAUGAGACAAGCACUUUUGAACUGACAGGGCUGCUGCUUGUAAACUCCUAUUUCCUGGCAGGCCCCCAACCUCGGGGGCCCACUCUUUCUUUUCUUUUUUUUUUUCUUCUUCACAGAAGGGUGCUUCACAUUCAUUAAUGCAUCCACCUUGCCUGGCUUCCUGCUUCACAGACAGAGGCUGAAGUUGCAGGUGCCAUUCUGAGGAGACCUCUGAAGGUGCAGCUUGAAAAUGGAAAAAAAAAAAAAAAAAGUCUUGCAAAAGAAGAGCCGAGCCUUCUGGCUUUGGGGCAGAAAGAGGUGUCUGGCUCGUUAGGUGGUGCCAGGAGCUUGGAGAGAAAGCCUCCCGAGGCAGGGAACGCGCGGAUCGGGGCCGCAUCCUGCCGGGGGGCGGAUAGACAUUGCGCGGGUGUAGACGGCCGGCGGCAUGCAAAUCACCUGUGAUCUGCUGCGCGCCGCGUGGUGGUUGUGCAGUGGAGGGGAACGUUAACGCAGCGACAGAGAGGAGGCUAUGCCUGGGCGUCUGUGCUUAGCCGGGAGCUGAGGUUCCGCGGAGCACGCGCGGGGCAGGUGGCGCGUCCCGGGCACCCAUCAGCCGCCCCGCGUCGGGAGUUGGAAGUGGACAGAACGGAGCAGCCGUCCCUCCGGCCACACACAGACCGGCCCCCGCCGCCCGGCCCCAGGAUGGACAUGAACCUGACGCGCCCCGACAACGCCACCAUCCUGAUGCUGCGGGACCCGGCCAUCGCCGUGGCGCUGCCGGUGGUGUACUCGCUGGUGGCGCUGGUCAGCAUCCCGGGGAACCUGUUCUCGCUGUGGGUGCUGUGCAGGCACAUCCGCCCCAAGACGCCCUCGGUCGUCUUCAUGAUCAACCUGAGCAUCACGGACCUGAUGCUGGCCAGCGUGCUGCCCUUCCAGAUCUACUACCACUGCAACGGCAACCACUGGGUCUUCGGCGUGCUGCUCUGCAACGUGGUGACCGUGGCCUUCUACGCCAACAUGUACUCGUCCAUCCUCACCAUGACCUGCAUCAGCGUGGACCGCUUCCUGGGCGUCGUGUACCCGCUGGCCUCCGCGCGCUGGCGCCGCCGCCGCUACGCCGUGGCCGCCUGCGCCGGCCUGUGGCUGCUGCUGCUGGCCGCGCUGGCCCCGCUGGCGCGCACGGAUCUCACGUACGCCGUGGAGGAGCUGGGCAUCGUCACCUGCUUCGACGUGCUCAAGUCCACCAUGCUGCCCAGCGUGGCCAUGUGGGCCAUCUUCCUCUUCACGCUCUUCCUCCUGCUCUUCCUCAUCCCCUUCGUGGUCACCGUCGCCUGCUACACGGCCACCAUCCUGACGCUGCUGCGCUCGGCCGACCCGCACGGCCGCGGCCAGAGGCGGCGCGCCGUGGCCCUGGCGGCCGUGGUGCUGCUGGCCUUCGUCACGUGCUUCGCGCCCAACAACUUCGUGCUGCUGCUGCACAUGGUCAGCCGGCUCUUCUUCGGCCGCAGCUACUACCACGUGUACAAGCUCACGCUCUGCCUCAGCUGCCUCAACAACUGCCUGGACCCCUUCGUCUACUACUUCGCCUCCCGCGAGUUCCAGCUGCGCCUCCGCGACUACCUGGGCUACGGGCCGCUGCCCACCGACAGCGGGGACGUGCGCCGGGACAGCCUCUUCUCGGCGCGCACGCUCUCGGCGCGCUCGGUGCUCAGCGCCCAAGCCGACGGCGCGGACCCAGCCGGCCGGCCCUGCCUCCAGCGCCAGGAGAGCGUCUUCUGAGCCCAGCGCCUGCUGCGCGCCGCGGGGGGGGGGGGGGGGACACG